AUGGCCACGCUUCCGGUAAUGCCCAAGCAAAAUGGCAUAGUUCCUCGAGAGACUCCCCUGAUGCUCGAGGAAACUACAACCUCCACAUGGCUUGCUAUAGGUCUGCUUGCGGAAUCACUUGGUGAUUACGAAAGGGCCCUUGCCUCCUAUGACUCGGCCCUUCGUCACUCCCCAAACAAUUUGGAGGCCCUUAUUGGCCUUGCCAACAUCUAUCGUCUGCGUGAUGUUUUCUUUAAGGCGGCCGAGUUGUAUGAACAGGCACUUAAUUACAGCCCUGAAAACGGUGAAACCUGGGGUCUCUUAGGUCACUGUUAUCUCAUGUUGGAUGACCUCCAACGUGCUUACGCUGCUUAUCAGAGAGCAUUGUACUAUCUUGACAACCCCAACGUUCCUAAACUUUGGCAUGGAAUUGGAAUUUUGUAUGAUCGUUAUGGUCUGCUUGAAUACGCCGAAGAAGCUUUCGUGCGUGUGCUUGAACUCGAUCCCAAAUUUGACAAGUCAAACGAAAUUUACUUCCGUUUGGGUAUCAUCUACAAACACCAGGGUAAACUCCAGCUGGCUCUUGAAUGUUUCCAGUAUAUACUCGCAAGCCCUCCACAACCACUUACCCAGCCUGAUGUUUGGUUUCAAAUCGGUUCAGUUUUGGAACAACAGAAAGACUGGAAUGGCGCAAAGGAGGCAUACGAAAGAGUCCUUCAGGUCAAUCCUCAACACGCCAAGGUCUUGCAACAAUUGGGUUGUCUUUACUCCCAAGCAGAACCGGCAAAACCUGAUCAAAAUCAACCAUUUCAACAAGAUCUCACUCAGGCUCUUAAAUAUUUGAGUCUGCUGUUGGAAAUUGACCAACUGGAUGCUCACUCUUGGUACUACUUGGGCCGUGUCCAUAUGCUUCGUGGCGACUUCAAUGCUGCUUACGAAGCAUUCCAGCAGGCCGUUAAUCGCGAUUCGAGAAAUCCAACUUUCUGGUGUUCCAUCGGUGUGUUGUACUACCAGAUCUCGCAAUACCGUGAUGCUUUAGAUGCUUACACAAGAGCUAUUCGCUUGAACCCGUACAUUUCAGAAGUUUGGUACGAUUUGGGAACCUUGUAUGAAACUUGCAAUAAUCAAAUUUCCGAUGCUCUCGAUGCCUAUCGCCAAGCUGAAAGACUUGAUCCGGGAAACCCCCACAUCAAAGCUCGCCUCGACCAGUUAAUCAAGUACCAACAAGAAGGAAACACCCAUCCUCCUCAACCUCCUCCAGUAUCUCAACAGCCGCGUCUUCCACAGGGCAUGGUUUUGGAAAGUACUGUUCCCACUCCUCCAUUGGGCGGAAACGGUGCUAACAAUGCACCUGGUGCCCCAGGACCACCGGGAGCAGCUCCUGUUGGAUUACCUCCCGCACCUCACGGUCAACCUGGUCAGCCUCCAAUGCCCGCCCCUGGUCCUCUUUCCUUUUCCCAACAAAAUCAGCCCCCACCUCCAGGAAUCAAAAAGCCCAAAACUACCACCAAGAGAGAAUUUGGACGAUAA